CUUUAACGAAGACUGAGUUGGGGGAAAGGGGGCAUAAGUGAUAUUUGGUAUUCCCCACAGUCAUUCAAUCAUUUACUCGUUUACUUGUUUAUUGCCUACUAUGUGCAAGCAUUGGGAGUGUAAGUGUGAACAAGAGAGUCAUAGAGCAGCUACUUGGAGCUGAGGAUCUAGCAGGGGUUGGAGGUCUAAUGCAAAACGGCUGAAGAGUUCUCUUCAGAAACACAGCUCAGGAUGGCAGCUUACCACUAACCAGCGAACUCCAAGCAAGUUAUGGAGAUCACACCAGGAACACCAUGAAGCUGGCAUACCUUUUCCUUGGUCCCAUGGCCCUCUUCUUCCUGGCCGGCUGCAGCUGUGUCCUCAGCACCUCCGGUGGGGACCUGCUCACCUUUGUGGGCUGUGCCGUGAGGGAGUUUACUUUCCUGGCCAAAAAGCCGGGCUGCAGGGGUCUUCGGAUCACUACGGAUGCCUGCUGGGGCCGCUGUGAAACCUGGGAGAAGCCCAUUCUGGAACCCCCCUACAUUGAAGCCCAUCAUCGAGUCUGUACCUACAACGAGACCAGACAAGUGACGGUCAAGCUGCCCAACUGUGCACCUGGAGUGGACCCCUUCUACACCUACCCCGUGGCUGUCCGCUGUGACUGCGGGGCCUGCUCCACGGCCACCACGGAGUGCGAGACCAUCUGAACCUGGUGUGGCCGGCAGAACACC